AUGGCAGCUACGGUGGUGGAUUCGCCGAGCAAGCGACGCCGGACCGACUCGACUUCGGACUUGUCAUCGUCGUCAACGUCGACCCCGGUGGCAGCAGCGCCGCCCAUGUCGGCCGUCGCAGCGAGGAGAGCAGCAGCGCAGGCUCAACUCGAUGCAGCAGCGGCAGCGGCAACAGCAGCUAUGGAACAACCAAAAGCAUCUACUUCGAAGCUCGAGACGAGCACGGACCAAUCUUCUGGAGAUGACGACGACGACGACGAUUCGCUGCCUCAAGUGCUUUCCUCGGACGACGACGACACCAUUGGCGAUAAUGGACAACACUCGAGCUCGACCAAAUCAGCGCGAUCUUUCAAUGGCAAGGUCGUUCCCGAAAAGAAGAAGAAAAUCCCCAAAGCCAAAACGGCGACCAAAUCCACGCGAUACUUUGCAGCAGCAGCAUCCACCUCGAGGUCCGAUGACGACGGCCCUGCGGGUGACAGGGGUCUCGCUGCGAAAAACGACAGCAAGGAAUCCACUUUCGUUCCUUUCGAUCCCAUGGACGAAUCGGCCGAUGAUGCAACUCAAAACAGCGCCAAUCAGGUCCGAGCAUAUCGAGGCAAACGGCGUCGGGAGAAAACGUCAGUCUCAACUUGCUCGAUUCUCGGCCACCGCUACUCGGAACUGACGCGUCAUCGUGGUCCUUGUGUCCACAGUGCAUUUAUUGAUCCGCUCUGUACUUCAAGUUUCGCCCCUGAGCUCAACGUCAACGUAUUUCGUGUAUCUUUGACCACCGAGCACACUCGAGCUGACGCCGAGCAAGCACUGGUCUUCUGCCUGCGCGCCGAUCAGGUGAGGAUGAUCCCAGUGUUGAGUGUUGACGCGGCCUCGAUCUUACUGAAACGAAGGGUUUUCCGCGUUCAUAGAUGAUCGUCGUCCACGGUGUCUUGAUGGUGACCCCUAUCUAUGGUGCUCUCGCGAUCCUCAACUCGAGUCUACCUGCGCCAGAACCAUCAUCGGACACGAUCGAUUUCAGCAUCGCCUUCUCUAACAGCACCCACCAACCCAUCUUUGCCCCCUCAUCCCAUCCCCUUCCUCCCAUGAGCCCACGACCCUACCCGUCACGGUCCCGCAGACCUUCUUCUUUGCUCCUUCCAACGGGACAAACGGUUGAUCUCUCGAUUUUCGAAGCCGCUUUUGUCGUGCGAGAUCACCAUUCUGGCGUAGAAGGGAUCGAGCCUCUGCUCAAACUCGGAGGGCUAGGUUGCGCAGCGGGAAUGUGGGACGUCGACCACCCACAAGGGCCUAUCAAGAGGACAUCCGAGUGCGAUGGCAAGACCUGGAAAUUGGUACGUACCUUUCAAUUCAUUCAGGUGUCCAGGUGCGACCUAAUUUGUGUGUGUCGUCUCGUGCGCAGGUCGUCGAGCCAACGCCUUCUCUCACACUGAUCCGAUCCGUCGACGGCUGGGAAGCGACCUUGGCCGCUCUCGGAAAACAUCUUGACCCGGCAAGUAAGAGAAUCCCGGACGCUGAGGACGAUGACGAAGAUGACGAAGAGCUCGCCUACGCGAUCCCCACGCCGUCUCCUCGCCUCUGCCUCCUCGUCGAAGGCCCGAAGCGAGUCGGCAAGUCGACCUUUUCUAAACUCGUCCUGCAUCAACUUCUGUCUCGCUUUAUGGCCGUCGCCUACCUCGAUACCGAUCUCGGUCAACCCGAAUUCAUGCCACCGGGUUUCGUCUCACUCAAUAUUAUCACUUCUCCUCAGCUGGGACCGAAUUUUACCCAUCUUUCGGUGCCGAUGGCAUCCUACUUUAUCGGUCAAACUUCUCCAGCAAACGAUCCCACAAGCUAUUUGGACGCAAUUCACAAAUUGUAUCAACUCUAUGAACACGAGGUGGAAUACGCGUUCGCCGAGGAGACCCGCUCGACUCGUCGAAGAGGUCCCCAAGCCCAAAGCUCGACGUCGAAGGAAGGGACGAAAGUCACCGAUCGAAUCCCUCUCCUCAUCAACACCCACGGGUGGAACAAAGGACUCGGGUUGGAUCUUUUGAGCAAGUUGAAGAUGGACAUUCAGCCGACGCACAUUUUUGCCUUCGAUCGUGACCAAGAGGACGAUUCUCCAACCUCGAUGGGAGCGAAAGGUGGACCGAUCGUGCAUCGGAUGAAGGCUGCUCCACCUAGUCCAUUGGAUUCGAAAUGGUCUUCCUCUGAUUUAAGGGUCCUUCAACUCAUUUCAUACUUUAACGCCGUGUUUCCAUCUUCGACGAGUGACUCGUCAGGCUCGACUUUCGUCGCAUCGUGGGAUUGUGUGGAGCCCCUCGUACGUCGACGACCGAUCGUCCUCGAUUGGACGACGUCCCUUUCCAACAUCACCAUCUUGGGCUCCGAAAUCGACUAUGACCAAGUCCUCUACGCGCUCAACGGAUCACUAGUCGCGAUCGUCGAGCCCGACGAAGUAAACGACGAAGACGUGACACCCAACCUGUCUUCGAACUUCCCUUACGACGCUCAUAUCUCGAACACCUACACCCGAGCCCACGGCUUGGCCCUUGUUCGAUCCAUCGACGUCCCCUCCAAAUCCCUCCACCUCCUCACCCCCAUCCCUCGACCACAGACCGAUCGUAUCGCUUUAGUCCGAGGCAUCGAGCUCGACAUCGCCGUCGGACUCUUGAUGGACCCCUCAACAACCGGCGGUGUCGAAAGUGGUGUUACAGGCGUAGGGUGGAAGGACGUGCCUUAUCUCAGUGUUGAGGGUGGGCAAGGUGGGGGAAGGAAGAAAGUGAGGCGGAAUUUGAUGAGGCGCGGUCAGGCUUGA